GUUGCUACAUGGGCAGUGGUGAGCCUCCCGCUCUUAUCGUGCACACACCUCACUGCUUAAAAUGCGCACCCUCUUCCUCACUCUGAGGCCGCCUCCAUCUCCGCCGUCCCUCUCUCCCUUCCCCUCCUCCUCCUCCAGACCCAACCUCCACCACCACCGCCUCCACUUCCUCUCCCCAUGCUCCUCCCUCAAGCAGACCAAGCCCAACCCCACCAGCCUCCAGAAGACCACCCCCGCCGCUGCUCCGCCCCAGAGCCUCAAGUGGCUAUUCAGCAAGAGCGACGACGCCCCCGAGGUUGACAAGUCCGGCGGCGGCGGUGAUGAUGAGGGGGAGGAGGGUGGGUUCGCGCUUAAAGGUACAAUCUUGGCGGGGCUGUUGUUGGUUGGGCUUGUUGGUGGGUUUGGGGCGGCUGGGUUUGUCUAUAAGGAUCAGGUUAAUGCCUUCUUGAAUCAGUUCACUACUCUCAUUGAAGGGUAUGGUCCAGCUGGAUAUGCUUUGUUCGUAGCAGUUUAUGCCGGACUGGAAAUUCUUGCGAUUCCAGCUGUUCCGUUGACCAUGUCAGCUGGUCUUCUUUUUGGCACAGUUACUGGCUCAAUUCUAGUCUCUCUAAGUGGAACGGUGGCUGCUAGUGUUGCUUUCCUGAUUGCUAGAUAUUUUGCUCGUGAGCGUAUUCUUAAAUUGGUUGAGGGAAACAAGAAGUUCCUCGCAAUUGAUAAGGCUAUCGGAGAAAACGGCUUCAGAGUUGUUACUCUCCUCCGAUUGAGCCCUUUGCUUCCUUUUUCUUUGGGGAACUAUUUAUAUGGAUUGACGUCUGUAAAGUUUGUCCCAUACGUGUUGGGAAGUUGGUUGGGGAUGCUUCCAGGAACCUGGGCUUAUGUGAGUGCUGGUGCAUUUGGGCGAGCCAUAAUUCAAGAGGAAUCUGAUGUUGGUUUGCCCGGAGGAACUGGUCAGCUGUUGACACUAGCAGCUGGACUGUUAAUCACUGCAUUAGCUGCUGCUUAUGUAACACGAUUAGCAAAGGAUGCUGUAAAAGAUAUUGAUUAGGUGAUGGGUACCACACUACCCUUGAAGUCUUCCUACACUGUAAUUUGGAAUAUGAAAAAAAAGACUGCUGGUUUACUGCCACGUAAUUAAUUAACUUAUGGCAAAUUGUAGAGGAAAUGUUUUGAUCUGAAUUCUUGAAUUGUAUCAUUAUACAUAAUACAUUCUACAUAAAGCGAAGCCCUAUCUUUACCCCAUA